AUGGAGCCACGCUCCAGGGGUCAAGAGAUCGCCACUCUUACGAACCGGCAGCUGGUGAUCCCCACCCUGAUCAUCAUGGCCAUCAAACUGCUCCUGAUGACCCUGGUCCUCCUCUAUCGCGCUCCCCGGUGCCAGUCGGGCUGGGACCAGAACCAAGGGAGGUGCUACCUUUUCUCCCGGACUAACCAGUCCUGGGAGGCAGCGAGAAAAUCCUGCUUAGCCCAGAAUGCUGAUCUGGUGGUGAUCAACGACUCAAGGGAGCAGAAUUACUUGGCUAUUAAAGCUGGUUCCAUUCGUCACUGGAUCGGCUUCACCGACCAAGGGACUGAAGGCGUCUGGCGCUGGGUGGACAACACUCCUGCAGUAUUUACGUACUGGAAUGAAGGGGAGCCCAAUAACCUGCUCACAAGGAGAAACAGCACUGAGGACUGCGCCCACCUGUUGGACACCGGCCUGUGGAACGACGGACCCUGUAGUUUCUCUUACAGGUGGAUCUGUGAAAGGGCCGCCACUGUGUAA